GUCAGUAUGACUUUCUAUUCCCUUAAACCAAUAAACCGGGUUUGAAUAGUUUGUAGAAGGUAGUAAAGUUUCAGAAGUUAGUUGAGGGCUCAAUCUCCGUCAGGCUGGAGCUAUCAGAUCCCCAAAACUGGUGGAGUGGCAGCAAGUCGAGGAGGAACAACAGGCAACACUCUCGAGGGGCAAAGAUGUCCCCAGAGAACCAGGAUGAGAGCGUGGACCACGCUGACCCCUUCCAGGACGUCUGUGAAGUGGAGUGUCCUGACCAGGAGUGCUGCGAGCACGUCACCAUCAACAUUUCAGGUCUGCGUUUCGAAACGCAACUUAAAACACUCGCAAGAUUCCCGAACACGCUGCUAGGAGACCCGAUUAAAAGGAUGCGGUUCUUCGACCCGUUGAGGAACGAGUUCUUCUUCGACAGAAACAGACCCAGUUUUGAUGCGAUACUGUAUUACUACCAGUCAGGAGGGAGGCUUCGAAGACCCAUCAACGUGCCUGUUGAGAUUUUUAUCGAUGAAAUCAAAUUUUACGAGAUCGGCGAUGACGUCAUCCAACAUUUCCAAGAGGACGAGGGUUUGCUAACGGAGGAAGAACGGCCCAUGCCGUCCAGCGAGUUUAAGCGUCAAAUCUGGCUGCUGUUCGAGUAUCCUGACAGCUCAGGACCAGCCAGAAUCAUUGCUAUAAUAUCUGUAAUGAUCAUCUUGAUAUCCAUUGUUAUCUUCUGUCUAGAAACUUUGCCCGAAUUUAGAGAGGAUGAUCGUGUGGUCAAAAACCAACUUGCGCCGAACGGAACUACUUCAGGAACAAAAUUAAGUCUACUGAUGGAUCCAUUCUUCUUGUUGGAGACGAUCUGCGUCGUUUGGUUUUCAUUCGAACUGUUUGUAAGGUUUCUUUCAUGUCCAAGCAAAGCUGCCUUCUUCAAAGACAUAAUGAACACCAUAGAUAUUGUGGCUAUUAUUCCAUAUUUCAUUACCCUAGGUUUAGACCUUUCCGAGACCGAUUCAAACUCACCACAGAGCACGUCUCUCGCCAUACUGAGAGUUAUCCGCUUGGUUCGCGUCUUCAGGAUUUUCAAACUCUCACGGCACUCCAAGGGUCUCCAAAUUCUCGGUCAGACCCUACGAGCGAGCAUGCGAGAACUCGGACUACUGAUAUUUUUCCUUCUCAUCGGCAUUAUAUUGUUCUCCAGUGCGGUUUACUUCGCCGAAGUGGACGACCCAGAAUCUUCUUUUACUAGCAUCCCUGACGCGUUCUGGUGGGCUGUUGUUACCAUGACUACAGUUGGAUAUGGCGAUAUGUAUCCCGUCACCAUUGGAGGCAAAGUUGUUGGAUCAAUGUGUGCCAUUGCAGGAGUUCUUACAAUCGCCCUGCCGGUACCGGUAAUCGUGUCGAAUUUUAAUUACUUCUAUCACCGAGAGCACAACGCAGAUGAGCAAGUGGAGUACACGCACGUGACCUGUGGCCGCCCGUUGCCGUCGUUAUGUGACCGAAAUAAAAGCGACAGUAAAUCCUCUCUCGUGAUAUCAGAGCAUUCAAAAGACGACGAAUGGAAUUCAUCAAGCGUAUCAAAUUUCAAUCCAUCAGAGGAACUUACAGAAAAACUCACAGCUGUAUAAGAAAUCCAAAAAGAGCUUUUAUGUGGACAGCGCCGCUCAAACUUAACUCUUUCCCUUUCUGUGUUUCCACUGUUAUUCGGUAGGGGGCGCUAUGACACAUCUUCUGUUCUGAAAGAGUACAAAAUCUGAUCAAGCAGCAGAAAUAGCGAUAUCAUUUGUAAAUAUGUGCAUAUUUAAAAUAGCGCUCAAUCAUCAAUAUUAAACAACAUAUAAAUCUAAAUGAAUUUAAUGAAGCAGGACUGUGAAGCUUUGGGGGUGUUGAUGGACUCGAUCUGUUUUGAAUCCCAGUGAAGAAAAAAUGCGUUCACAUGACACUUUUGUGAAAAGAAUCAAAAAUGCUGUGUCUGGGUGGCAAGAUUUUUCAAAAACGCUGGAGGGGAAAGAGUUAAAAGGACCAAUGUGAUAUUAUCGAUAUUAUGGGUAUCAACCGCCCUCUUGCGGCGAGGUUAGGGAUUUACAGAGUCCUACAGCCUGGAACCUGUUUGAGAAGGCAAAUGUCACACUGGUUCAUGUCUCAUUAUCUGCCCCCACCUGAUGUUACUUCUGAUUGCAGGAUGCAGCAGAUGUAUGAAGGCAUUUCUUCUCUAUAAAGAAGACAGAAGUUCAUAUUAUCUUCGUAACCUAAAAUAUGUGUGCAUUGUGACCUUAAAAUUGAUGUCCGUUGUUCGUCAGGAAAGGAAAUAUUUAUGUGUCGAAAGGAAUGUAACAACAAAACUUUUUUUCAUUUACCUAUUUAUGUGCAUAAUGCAAAUACAUACUGUAGCCUAUGUGAAAAUAUUAUAGUUUUCUUUGUGACGUAAGUGCGUCAACAAACCCGAUUGUCGCGAGACAACAGGUAAAGAGAAGCCAAAAUGUGUGAAAUGCCAAAAAAUAAGUGAAUGUAAAAAUUUAUACUCAGAGGCUGCCACUGAUUUUGUAACAUAUUGUAAUAUAUUUGUAAUCUAGAACUUAUUUAAAUAUUUAUAAAUUGAUUUAAGUUUUGUUCAUUAUGUCAGUGCCUUAUGCGAAAUUGCUCUUAAAAUAUCUCAUAAUCUUUGCCUUGUGCUUUCUGUGUGCGAGUUGUUGUUGGCACAUGUUGCCUUUGCUCAGGAUGAAAUGUAAUUGAAUGGUCUGACACUUGUUUCCUUAACAUUUGUUUUGAUUUGCUAACCUGCCCACAUGACUGCAUCAGACCAAGUGAAUGAACUAUUUUUCUAAUUUAUUAAUGAGGUAAGAAUGAACUUAUUUUUGCUAAAUAAAUAAUUUGUCUCAAUCAUA